UACAGUUAUUUCCUGUCAGCAGAACCAGUCAGACAGGAUUGAUUUUUGGAAAAUGCGGACGCAUAUGUGGAAUGUUUCAUAAUUUUAUUGUUGCCCCUCGGUGACUUGGCUCUUUUACCAGUAACAUUGAUUCGAAUAUCAAUGCUUGUGACGGUAUAAAGUGGCCCGGCCCACUUGUCUGGACUCGAGGCUGAGCAGGUAAAGAUGAGCCUACACAGUGCAAGUGGAGGCUGUGAGCGCUCCAGGGAUCGUCGACGCUCCAGCGAUCGUUCACGUGACUCCUCUCACGAGCGAGGGGAAGGCCAGCUCACCCCCUGUAUCCGCAAUGUCACCUCACCCACACGACAACACACUAGUGAACGGGAGAGUGGCUCAUCACGGCCCAACAGCCCCAGGCCUCAGAGAGUCUCUCCCAGUGGUUCCAGCAGUCGCAACAGCAGCCUGUCCAGCACGGAGGGCACCUUUAAGAGCAUGGGCACGGGUGAGAUGGUGUUUGUUUACGAAAACGUCAAGGAAGGAGCUCGUAGCAUGCGCACCUCAGAGAGGGUCACGCUUAUUGUGGACAACACACGCUUUGUGGUAGACCCCUCCAUCUUUACCGCACAACCGAAUACUAUGCUGGGCAGAAUGUUUGGUUCAGGGCGAGAACACAAUUUCACACGGCCCAAUGAGAAGGGGGAGUACGAGGUGGCAGAGGGCAUCAGUUCCACUGUGUUCAGGGCCAUUCUGGAUUACUACAAAACUGGGAUAAUCCGCUGUCCGGAUGGAAUCUCCAUUCCUGAGCUGAGGGAAGCAUGCGACUAUUUGUGCAUCUCUUUUGACUAUAGCACGAUCAAAUGCAGGGACCUAAGUGCUCUGAUGCACGAGUUGUCGAAUGACGGUGCGCGGCAGCAAUUUGAGUUCUACCUUGAAGAGAUGGUGCUGCCGCUGAUGGUGGCCAGCGCUCAGAGCGGAGAGAGGGAGUGUCACAUUGUUGUGCUCACAGAUGAUGACGUGGUGGACUGGGAUGAGGAGUAUCCACCCCAGAUGGGAGAGGAGUAUUCACAGAUAAUAUACAGUACAAAACUUUACCGCUUCUUCAAGUACAUUGAAAACCGAGAUGUGGCCAAAUCAGUUUUAAAAGAACGAGGACUCAAGAAAAUUAGAUUAGGCAUUGAAGGAUAUCCCACUUACAAAGAAAAGGUGAAGAAGAGGCCUGGUGGCAGACCCGAGGUCAUCUACAACUACGUGCAGAGGCCCUUCAUCCGCAUGUCCUGGGAGAAGGAGGAGGGUAAGAGCCGACACGUGGACUUCCAGUGCGUGAAGAGCAAAUCCAUCACAAACCUGGCAGCAGCAGCAGCCGACAUUCCACAGGACCAGCUGGUGGUGCUGCACCCCGGCCCUCAGGUGGACGAGCUGGACAUUCUGCCUAAUCACCCUGCUCCAGGACCCCACUACAGCAACAACUACGAGCCUGACGCCGACGCUGCCUCGCCUGCACUCUGAAUGCACACACCUUCCUCCCCUGUUCUUCCUCUCCUCUCCCACAGCAUGCUGCAGCAUGGCGCGAGAGUGACACCGUUAACCAGAUUGCCUUCUGCACCUCCUUUCACAGCCUUAGAGCUUCAACAAGCUAGUCUACUGUACUAUGUAAAGGUUAAAAAAACAAAACAAAACAAAACAAAAAAACAAGAGGGGACUCGGGAUACUGGCAUGGGCAGUGCUCUCCUGUUUUCUUUCUUUCUGAUUUUUUUUUUUUUUUUUUUUUUGUCUUACUUGACCAAAGGAACUUUUCUUAUUUUUUGUUGUUUGAAAUUAUAUAAGCAACCUCACUUAUUUUGUAAUUGGGCUUAUUAUAAUUAUUAUUAUAAUAAUAAUUAUUAUUAUUAUUACUACUACUACUACUUUUCCAUUUCCAUUAUAUUAUAAUUGCAUUGAUUUCUUAUCUUUUUUGAUAAGUUUUAUGAUAUGUAUCCUGGGUGGUGUCACUGUGUAACAAUCAUUUAAUAUUUUUUUUCCAACACAAAAAAAGCUCUGUCAAUCCCGGGUUGAUGAUUCCCCUCCGGAGCUCCUCCAUAGCCGAAGGAGUUGCGUUCGCCUGUUGAAUGGAUGCAGUGUUACAGAAUUUAUGUGUUCAAAAUCCCACUGUUCAGAGCUUGAGUCAUUGUAUAAAUAAAGUUAUAACACGCAGGCUUGUGUGGUAAACCUUAA